AUGAUUGAGGCUCAUCAUUGCACAUUGCACGCAUGUGAUCUUGCCAAGUUGAAUAAAAUCUCACUUUCGAAUCUGUGCUUCGUAAAUCGGUUCACGAGAGGCCACCUCGGAUCACUCCGUUUGCAGACGACCGCCUCGACGAGAUCAACAAAGGCUCAAUUUGGCACAUCCUCCGGACGUGGAAGGAGAGGAGGCUGUGAAAGCCCAGCCCGAGGACACUCGGCUUCGCUGGACGCGACCUUUGACUUGAUGUUCCAUCACGACGCCACGUCAGGAGAUACUCCGAACCAGUCGGAGGGGCUGCGCAGUGCUGCUUGGACGAAGAAGAUCUCCGUCACGGAGGACAGCAAGCGAGCCAGCAACUGUCUAAUGAUCCCCUUCCAAGAAGGAUGA